GAUGAGGAGAAGGGAGGGGAAACAGGGACAGUAGGGGGUGAAGGAGCCGUGAGAACAGAAGGGCCGCAAUGCUCGUGAUGUGAUUAAACGUCUGCUCGAACACAGGGGUUCCCUGGAACCGAGAGAGCGUUAAAAGGAGAGCUGGGGAAAAGAGAGGGAGAUGAGCAGAGAUAAAGCUGAAGGUAACGGGGGAGCUGGGCUCUUGGGAUGCUAUAACUUCACUAAAGAAAGCUCAUUUCUGUGUGCCGCUGCAGAGCCAACGCUCACAGUGAGAGGUCUGAAACCUUGACAGUGUCCAAACCAGUUUGGAUUUGUGUGUCAUCGCCCAUCUGGCUGACGGCCAUUCUCGCUGUGGUUUGAGGAACUGGAUAACCUCCACUUAUACCGUCCAUACAAGGACUUCCUGUCUGCUGUUAUGGGAAGCCGCCAUCUUGGUGCCAACUAAUAGUCCUCUACAGUCCAUCUCCACCCAGUGUUGGCAGAACUUAGCUGAGGAUUACCUGAACCAUUUAAUGUCCCGUAAGAAGCCAGAUUCAACCUUUGGUUGACGACUUCUUUCCAUGUGAAAUUAUGAUGCUGUUGCUAAAGUGAGGUGUUCUCCAAGAAGACUUAUUCUCGCUGAAGAUUUGUGGUGGCCAUAUUGUCACUGUGCACCAACAAAGCCCAAAAACACCCACAGCUCAUCCUCAUUUGGAACUAUGCCCUGUCCAUCUCCUCCCUCUUCGCCCUACCUUGCUCCCCGCGCAGUCUUUCUCAUUGUGCUGCUGUUUCUGGUCCUCUGGGGGCCCUCGGGGGUCAGUUGCCAGAAUGACACAGAGCCAAUCGUGUUGGAAGGAAAGUGUCUGGUGGUGUGCGACUCCACCCCCUCUGCGGAGCCAUCGGGUAACGCUCUGGGCAUGUCGGUGAGGUCAGGAACUGGCCGGGUGGCGUUUUCAGCCAUCCGUAACACCAACCACGAACCCUCGGAGAUGAGCAACCGCACCAUGACCAUCUACUUUGACCAGAUCCUAGUGAACGUUGGCAGCCAUUUUGAUCCUGCAAGGAGUAUCUUCGUGGCCCCAAGAAAAGGAGUCUACAGUUUCAGCUUUCACGUGGUUAAGGUUUACAACCGGCAGACAAUACAAGUGAGUUUGGUUCUCAACGGCUGGCCGGUGAUUUCAGCCUUCGACGUGACCAGGGAAGCUGCGACCAAUGCCGGGCUGGUGAUGAUGGAGAGAGGAGACAAGGCUUACCUCAAACUGGAGAGGGGGAACCUGAUGGGAGGCUGGAAGUUCUCCACGUUCUCCGGGUUUCUGGUGUUCCCCUUGUAG